GCUUCCGGGUGAGAGGUCAGAGGUUGAUGCUGUUGCCAGGCAGAGAUGGAGCAGGAGAGAUUUGAUUUGCCUCUGAAAGAUCCCGAUGACCUUCCAUUGUCCAUCUUGGAAGUGGGCUGUUCAGGGAAGUUUGAGUUGAUAACACAGCCUGUUGCGAGGAAUGGAUGUAUCUUCCCUUUGGCAACACUUCCACAUGGCCUGCCACCAUACGCCUUGGACCUCAUCACUGAGGCAGAGCAGCAAUUCCUGACCGACCCCUCAAAGCUUCCCCUCCAUCACUUUGAGAACUCCCAGAAGGUCUGGCCCAGAGAGGUAUGUGUGGAUUCUUUGUAUCAUGCUGAUGUCACCCCGGUUCAUUCAACGCUUAAAGUGGAGAGGAACCAGACCACGGGCGAGCUGCUGGGCUAUAAAGAGGUACUUCUGGAUGAUACGGGAUUGUCGAUAAAAAACUCCCUCUCUCUGCAGCGACCACCUGGCCCCCCGACGCAGUCUGUAAGAGGCAGUUCCACUAACUACCCAUUCUGGCCAGGGGGCAUGGAUGAGCCAAGUUUGGAUAUGAUUAAGUCAAUGGGAGAAUUUGAAGAAAGCAUUGACUUUGAGAAGGAUUUACUGACUGUGCCUCCAGGUUGGAAAAAAGGAAUGGACUUCAAAGAAACAGAGCACAAGUUGGCCCCUGGAUUAUUGAACCUCACAAACCUUAUCGGAGCAAUGGACGACUUCAGUCUUGGAGGAUCCAGUGAUGAAGAUGAUGAAAAGAAAGAGAAGGCAGCUGAAGCCAAGCAGCCUCUCCCCAGAACCAACAGCUUGGAAGACUUGGUGUUACAGGAGCUGAAGGCCAGUUCUCAGCCUGAGCUGAGUGAACGGAAGGAGGAAGGGUCCACACCUGAGAAAGAGCAGUGGGCUGUCCCAGUUGACAUCAGCACCCCUGUGGAUGAUUUCUACAAGCGAAUCCAGGAUCCAGCUUUCAAGUGGCCCUUUGAGCCGGAUGUCUUUCAGAAGCAGGCGAUCCUGCGCCUUGAGACCCACGAUUCCGUGUUUGUGGCAGCCCACACAUCAGCUGGCAAGACAGUCGUUGCCGAAUACGCAAUCGCACUUUCACAGAAACACAUGACCAGGACAAUCUACACUUCACCCAUUAAGGCCCUGUCCAACCAGAAGUUCAGGGAUUUCAAAAACACAUUUAAAGAUGUCGGUCUUCUGACUGGAGAUGUCCAGCUACAUCCGGAAGCUUCCUGUCUCAUAAUGACGACAGAAAUUCUCAGGUCCAUGUUAUACAAUGGCUCAGACGUUAUUCGUGACCUUGAGUGGGUGAUAUUUGAUGAGGUUCACUAUGUCAACGAUGUCGAGAGAGGCGUUGUAUGGGAGGAAGUGCUGAUCAUGCUUCCAGACCACGUGAACCUUAUCCUUCUGAGUGCCACAGUCCCCAACACCCUGGAGUUUGCUGACUGGAUUGGGAGGAUAAAGCAGAAGAAGAUUUACGUGAUCAGCACCAUGAAGCGACCGGUGCCGCUGGAACACCACCUGUACACGGGCAACAGCCAGAAGACACAGAACGAACUCUUCCUACUGGUUGAUGCUCAAGGGAACUUCCUCACCAAAGGGUACUACGCAGCGGUUGAAGCCAAGAAGGAACGUGCCAGUAAGCACUCGCAGACCUUUGGAGCCAAGCAGCCCGUACAUUAUGGAGGCUCCAGCCAGGAUAAAAGCGUGUGGUUAUCCUUGAUUGAUAUGCUUCGGAAGAAAGACAGCCUCCCCAUUGUGGCAUUCACCUUCUCGCGGAAUCGCUGCGAUGAGAACGCCAACAUGCUCACAACCGUCGACCUCACCAGCACCGUGGAAAAGAGCGAGAUCCACAUUUUCUUCCAAAAGUGCAUCUCCCGGUUAAAGGGCACGGACCGAGAGUUACCACAGGUACGUCAGAUGGUGGAGCUUCUGAAGCGGGGGAUUGGUGUUCAUCACAGUGGGAUCCUUCCAAUCCUGAAGGAGGUCAUUGAAAUGCUGUUUACCAGGGGCCUAGUGAAGAUUCUCUUUGCAACGGAGACCUUUGCGAUGGGAGUGAACAUGCCAGCCAGAACUGUAGUGUUCGACACGAUCCGCAAACAUGACGGGACAAACUUCCGAGACCUGACUCCAGGUGAAUACAUUCAGAUGGCAGGCAGAGCAGGAAGGAGAGGUCUGGACACGACUGGAAUGGUUAUUAUCCUGUGUAAGGCUGGGGUCCACGAGAUGUCUGACCUCCACAAGAUGAUGCUGGGUAAACCCACACUGUUGCAGUCUCAGUUCCGCCUGACCUACACCAUGAUCCUCAACCUGCUGCGGGUAGAGGCACUCCGGGUGGAGGACAUGAUGAAGCGGAGUUUCUCUGAGUUCCACACCAGGAAGGAUGCCAAGAUGUAUGAACAGCAGAUUCAGGAACUGACAAAGAAGCUGUCAAGCAUGGAUGAGGUGGAGUGCAUUGGACAGCUGAGUGACUUGGAACACUAUUAUAAUGCAGUGCGGGAGCUCCUGUACACAAGAGACUCUCUACAGAAGAGGAUUAUGGAGUCCACGAGUGGAUUCAAGGUGCUGUCUGUCGGCCGAGUCCUGGUGGUUAAAACCCAACAUCACAAGAAUGCACUGGGAGUGAUCCUGCAGGUUUCCACGGAUUCGACCAACCGAACGUUCACCACUCUGGUCCUCUCUGAGUCCAGGCAAGAGGAGACUGAGAAGGAAGCUGAGAAAUUACCUGUGGCACCGACUCCUGACCAGCUCCUGACCAAUAAACUCUUCCUGCCCGAAGGACCCUGUGGCCACACAGUGGAGAAACUGACCACCAAAGACAUCGGCAGCGUGACCAUCAAAACUCUGCGAAUCAAUGCGGAUAAAAUCAUCGACGACUUCAAGAAGAGACAGAUUCCUCGCUUCAGGAAUGACCCACCAGGCCCAUCAGUCACCACGGCCACUCAGGAGCUUUUGCGAUUGGCUGAAUCCCACCCAGACGGGAUUGCUGGCCUGGACCCCAUCAAUGACCUACAGCUGAAGGAUCUGGACCUGGUGGACAGCUAUACCAGGGCAAGACGCCUUGAGGACUCUCUCAGCAAGUUUACCUGUGUUUACAGUCCCAAAUUCUCCACCGAGUACGUGCGGAUGCACGAGCGGAUGAUGAUUAAAGAUGAGCUGGAACGACUCCGUUUCCUGGUCUCAGACCGGAGUCUCAUGCUACUUCCGGAGUACGAGCAGAGGGUUAAUGUGCUGAAGGCCCUUAAGUAUAUCGACGAGAGCUGUGCUGUGCAGCUGAAGGGCCGAGUGGCCUGUGAGAUCAGUAACCACGAGCUCAUUGUGACGGAGAUGGUGUUUGAGAAUGUGUUAACAGACCUGCACCCAGAGGAGAUUGUGGCUCUUCUCUCCUGUUUGGUCUUCCAGCAGAAAACGCAGGUGGAGCCAGAACUCAAUGAGGUUCUUCGCAAGGGGAUCGAGCGGAUCCGCGGUGUCGCAGAGAGGAUCGCCACUCUGCAGCGGGAGUGUAGCCUGCGGGAGUCCAUAGAGGAUUUUGUGGACCAGUUCAAGUUUGGUUUGGUGGAAGUGGUGUAUGAGUGGGCCAGGGGCCUGCCCUUUGCUGAAAUCACCAGGCUCACCGACGUCCAGGAGGGAAUCAUCGUGCGGUGCAUCCAGCGGCUGAACGAGACUUGCCGUGACGUGCGCAACGCCGCUCGCAUCAUCGGGGACCCCACGCUCAACGCCAAAAUGGAGCAAGCCUCGAACCUGAUCAAGAGGGACAUUGUGUUUGCCGCUAGCCUCUACACCCAGUGACAGCCGUUCUCUGCUCCGGGCCCUUAGCUGCCCACCACUGCUGCCUCCUGUCAUAUAAAAUAAACAGCCAAGCAAGA